UAUAGUUGCGCAGUGUUUCUGUAUAUUUUCUACAGAGAUACACUGCAUCGUUUCUUAUAGAAUCCCAAAAAAAAAAAAAAGAAAAAAAAAAAGAAAAAAUCAUAAAAGUAAUCAAAACCAAAAAGAAAAUAUAUCCAUAACCCUAAAAAAACCAUAAUGGCACGUCAAGUUCUUGUUCUUGCUCUUAUCUUUAUUGCCAUUGCCGGUGCUUUCGCUGCCAAGGCACCUGCCGCCACUCCAGAUGAUGCUCCGUCAGGAAAGGGUGACUCUGAGGCUCCAUCAGGAAAGGGAAAGGGUGACUCUGAGGCUCCGUCAGGAAAGGGUGACUCUGAGGCUGCAUCAGGAAAGGGUGACUCUGAGGCUCCAUCAGGAAAGGGAAAGGGUGACUCUGAAGCUCCGUCAGGAAAGGGUGACUCUGAGGCUCCGUCUGGAAAAGGUGAUUCUGAUGCUCCGUCAAAGUCUCCUAAGGCUUCAGCUUCGUCUCCUGACAGUAAAGAAAGUGAAGCCCCUUCCAGUGAAGCUGCUGAUGCUGAAGCUCCCGCAAGUAAAAAAACUCCGGCCGGUAAAGCUCCAGAAUCUUCUGAUGGAGCUCCCACAGCUGAAUCUCCAGAGGACUCAUCUGAGGGUCCUUCCUCCGGUCCUACUUCUUCCGAAGGCCCAUCUCCAGCUAGUGAAGAGAGUAGCUCCAGUCCUGCAGGAUCACCUGAGGAGGAAAUCUCUUCUCCUCCUUCUCCAGCCAGCGAGAGCUCUCCCGCUGAUGCUGACAGCCCAACAGCAACUGCUGAUGGUCCGGUUAGUGAUACUCCUGCUGAUGCUCCGGCCUCCGAUAGCGGCGCUGCUACCAUCAAAUUAUCCACUUUUGCUGGCAUUGCUGCUGGUUUCUUGUUCUUGUCCUUUUAAAUUAAGUCUUAUAUAUGUAAUCCGACCAUCCAAAGCGGUUGAAUAUCCAUAAGAUUGGCUUGCGUGUUUGUUAUAAUUAAUAUGUUUACUGUUAUUUACCUAUAGGGUGCAAUUUCUGAAAAUUCUUUGUUUAUUUUAUUUGAUUUCAAUUGUUUUUCUCUGUAA